AUGACCUCCAUGUCGUCCAAGCGUAUCUCCAAUGGUGCUAUUAUUGAUUGCAGCCAUCCGAGCAAGCGCUCGGCUUGUAAAAACAUCCAUCGAGAGACCGAUGCCGCUAAUGGCAUUGCGUUGCCGUUCAUCAUGUUUCGCCAGCUCCCAGCCAAGCCGGCUGAGACUGUCGCGGAUGUCCCAUCCAUCUUCGCUUCCACUUCUCCUCCCCCGCCCUCCGAGCCGGCCAAGUUCGUUCCAAGCCCUGAGGCCCUCGAGUUUCUUUCCGCUCUAUUCUUCAGGUCCUACGUUGCACCACGAUUCAAGGUUCCAUUUGGUGUCUACGACCCGGUUGAUGCACCCUGUUCUACCUAUGUUGAGCCUGAGGAGCAACUAUCUCUCCUUGCUCACAAGCUACAAAGCUUUGACAUUACUACAGUCCAUGUUGAAUGGACUGUCAUUCAAGUCGAGACUCCAGCUCUUGGCGCUGCGCCAUCAAAAAAGAAGCCGGAUAGUCUUGAUAAGCUGUCUGCUCAGCUGACAAAGAACAGUCUCGAGUCCCUCAGGAAGGAGCUCGCAAAGCCCAACGAAGCUCUUACAACUCGAGUGACAAAAAGAGUGUUCUCUAAACGUUCUCGUCCCCUUGUCCAACUCUCACCUCUUAACAUUGCUUCAUUGACUGCCAUCCAUGAUGAUAGUGCUACAUCAUCCCACCGGUCAGACGCAUCUAGUGUGUUUAGUGAUUCUGAUGAUGAGGACUCUCGCUCUGGCACAACUUACUGCUCUUCCGAGAAACAGCUACUCAAACAUUCAUCCCUUGUAUCUGAGUCAGUUGCAUCUUCUACCGCGGAUCCAACUGUUCGUGAUACUAGAUGCAAGAACGAGUCUGUGGAAACUCAAGAAGAAAAUACCUCUCUUAAGGACGAUCAGUGUGGUAAUCUCACGUGUAAUAAUACCUCUACUCGGAAGCCCUCCAUCGGUGAGGCUCGGUCGGGUCAAGAUGUUAAGCUCGAUCUGAACGUCAUACCGGAAAGGUAUAAUAAUAGUAUCCCUUCGGACCUCGCGCUUGACGAGGUUCUUCAAUGUGUUCCAAUCGACCACGACAUGAUUGCAGACCAGAUAACACCACCUUGCCUACAUAAUAACGACGUGACUGAGGUCAUGGAAACUACUUUGAUGCAGCAUGAAGAUCUAUCUGAGGCAGAGGUACCAUACAGCGAGAUUUUAUCAGAGGCAGAAUUAUCUUUUUCAGCAGAUAUUACACAGGACGACUCUCUGCUUGAUGAAGAGAAUCUGGUUCUUUCGCCGCCUGAAAUAGCUAUCGAUCUUGUCCAAGAGCCUCGUGUGACGGAUAUUAGUUUCCCACAAGCAUGUGACACCUUUCCCGGUGACACUUAUCUGGCUGGGCCGUUCUUGAGUCCGGAAAACAACCAUUCCUAUACCGAGAUUGCCUUUGCCCAAACUACCCCUAUUUUCGAUAGUGGCGAGCCGUCCACCCCUGUCUGUAAAUUGUUUCCUGACUCCACUCCUCUUCCUACUUGGGCGGUUGACGCUGCGCCGGAAUAUGAAGACUCUGAUGGAUGUGACUGUGCAGAAGAUUUUGAUGAAUGUGUCUCUGAGGAUGACAGGGGCACUAACGAUCAGCCUAAGCUGCGUUCUCCUGUCAUGACUGAUGGGCAAGAACCUGAUGCUCCAAAAGUGAUUGCGAUUUCUCUUGAAGGUGGAGACAGUUCCACAGGCGUAUCACUUGAUACUACCUCGCCUUUGGGAGAUAUUGACGCGGAAUUUGAGGCUCGGGGGUGGACACUUGGGGGUAGCUGGCAAGAUGAUGAUGAGCUUGACGACCCUGUGCCGUCUAAGUUACAGGUAGUCAAGCAAGUUAUUCCUUCUGCUUAUGAGAAAUCUCGGUUUGGAAAUAUUUGCAAGAACCUGAACAUCACUUGUGUGAGUGAUGGGUUCUAUCGUUGGAAUCCUGGUAACUAG